CGCCUUUGUUACGCUUUGUGGUCGUCGUUCAGAGGACCCUACUUUUUGGUGAACUUGUAGUAUUCAAAGGUUCCUACUAAAAGUUUGAUGUUUUGUAGCAUGGUGAAAGAGUGAAAAAAAAAGAUAAUUCUUUGAAAGUCACAAGGUUUUAAACGGCUGCUACGCGCCUACGAGCUUCGACGAAGGUGCCUCAGGAUGGCCGAGGGAGGCGAAGAUUAUUAUUCAACAUCCGAUUUGGACUCGGAUGUUCCUGUGGUUGACUCCAGUGAUGGCGAAAAUGACAGCGACGAUGUCACUGAGGAUUGUAGUGAGGAUGACGAUGUUGAGCACCUUUCUGGCAGUGAAGAAGAAGAAGAAGACGAAGAAGAAUUCCAAUUGGAAGAUGAGGAGGAAGAGCAAAUUGACGACGACGAGGAAAGACAAUUUGUUAAAGAGCCAGAUCAGCUAAAUAAAGGUGGAACUCCAGAAGAAUCGCGCAAGGAUGGUUUUGACAAGGAUGACAAACCUCCUAAACCUCCACCCAACUUCUCCAAUAGUAUGCGUUUGGUUAGAAAGAGAUUUUAUGGCCAACUAGUGGACACAAAAUUUGUUAACGUCCUGACAGAUUUUGCAGACGCGGAGAUUUUCCUUAUAGAUGGCGAUUCCUUGCUGUUAGAGAUUCUUGGUGAGAAAAGCUUGGACUGGAAUAGCGGUGGACAGUUUUUGCACCUUACAUACUUGACAGAGCGAUUUUUGCAAACCUUCACAGAAAAAGGUGGCGCUUUCCACAUCGUGUUUCUUAAAGAAAUGGAGAUCAUCUGGAGAAGUAAUCCGUCCAUGCUGCUCGCUCGAGAAGCUCUUAUUCUUCACCUCCAGAACAACACAGAUUUUACUGUGAAAACUUUAAUAGUGAAUUUCUGGGGAAAGGAGUGGAAAGAUUACGUUAAUGAGGAGGUCCCUGCGUUUUUGCUGUUAGCAGAUGCUGAAAACAUUCCUUACCAGCAUGGAAAGCUAAAAGAAACAAUAGAAUAUUUUUUCCGAUGUCUGUUGUGUCAUUGUCUUGCACAUGGACUGAAUUGUGUGUUUAUCUCGGGCAUCCAGACAACUGCGACCAAAGUGAUGGGAUUUUACAGCUAUUCCUCAGCUAUUCACAAAAAGUAUUUUACGAAGUUUGAACAACCAAUAUGGAGGACAUGGCAAUUUCUGGUGAAUUUCUGGCAAGAUGAGGCAGAUAAAUGCGGUCCCAGAUGGUCGGAAACAUUUCCUCGAGAUACUAAGGCGGAAUAUGUGGACAUACCUCAGAUUGCUGUAGAAGCAGAAGUGCGCAAAGCUCUUCAGCCUCCACCACAAGGCGGCUGCCGGCAGGUUUCCACAGUUGUUGCGUGUGCGCUGAUCCUAUCUAAAGCUCUCAAGGACCCUAGCACUACAAAGAAAACGAUGAAAACUGCAGAGGACAAGAUGAAGCUUUUCUUGCUUCACACUGUAUUACUGAACAAACUGCCGUUGAAGUGUAGAGCUCACCUCAUAGACGAAAACUUGCUGAAUGAAUUCUGUAAAGCAAAGGAUGGCAACCUCUAUCCCUUUAACGAGAUCCACGUGUGUUUAUGGGAGAUUUUAAAAACUAUACAAGUUGUGCAGGGAAAUCAAAGAAGAGACGAAACGGGCAAUGACUUUUUCAAGUCAGUGGCCGAUUUGAUGGAUGGACGUCUGAUCCAUACUCUCUUUUGCGCUGUCUUGGAGCAAAGGUUAAAAGGCAUUGAAGGACUCAAUCUUCCGGAGGAUGUCAUCGAGGAAGUAGAAGAUGCAUGGAUAAAAGUUGUAGAUGUUGUAAACAAGUCAUGCAGUUCUCAUUCCCCUGAUGCUCAGUUUUUUCCCUUUAUCGAGGAUGUGGCAGAUUUUCAUGCAGCAGAUGCAGUUUCAGUGGUGCGUUCUGAUGCAGACUCCACCAUGAAGCUGAGGCGCCUUACUGAAGUGCAAAGUGAUCUUGUGAAUUCUUAUGCUGGGGACAUCCGAUCAGAAAUUAACGUCAUGGCAGAAGAAAUGAUCAUGAGUGACGACGAGAUAUCUAAUGUUGGUCAAGAAUUUGAUGAACUAUACCACUGGCAUUCUCUUAAGCCUCUUUCUGAUGAUUAUGACAGAACAAAGAAAUCUAUUACUGAUAAUCCUCCAAACAAUCCUUGGCUAAGGAAACGGUAUUAUAAGGAUAAGCAAAAAUUUGUCCGUUUUCAAAGAUUCUACGGUAACUCACUGGUUGGUGGCAGUGAUCAACAAAAAAUCAUCACUGUCACAAAGUCAGGAUCAAAGAAGAAAACAGGAAAAAGAAAGGAAAGAAAACAGAGCAAAAAGGCUGCAGCAAUUAUCGAGGAACGUCUUGACGAAACUUCGAAGAAAGCGAGAUUGAAAGAUCAAGAAAAAUGGGAUGUCAUUGUAAGGGACAUCGAAACAAAUCUGAGGAGAGAUAACUUCAGCGAUGUUCUCAAAUUGAUUGAUAAAUAUCUAAUAGUUUGCAAAUCUUCAGAACUUCGUCUUCGCGCGCUCAUGAAAAAAGUCGACAGUUGCUUUGAAGCCUGGAAACAGAUAAGAACUGCUAACCCAGGAUCUAAUGAAAUGAAAUACCCUGUACUUUUGAUGGAAAGCGUUCACAAAAUAUGUCAAGACUUGUCGAGUGUUAUGAGAGAUAAGAACAAGAAGAAACUUGCUAAAACUAUGCAAAAGCUGGGGUUUGACGACCUCGUGCCCUUGUUUUAUGAGAUGCUACCAGAUCGUGAGGCAAAGACUGCACAGCUUUCUGUUCACACCACAAGCUCAAGAUUCCAACUUGAAUACAUGGGGCAUUUGCUGAAACGGGAAGAGAGAACCGAUCCGGACUCUCGGGUUGAAAAUUUUAUUCCGGAUACAUGGCAGCGCGAGCUUCUCGAUGCUGUUGAUAACAAUGAGUCAGCGGUGAUAGUGGCACCAACUUCGUCAGGGAAGACUUACGCCUCGUACUACUGCAUGGAGAAAGUUUUGAGGCAAGACAAUGACAGUGUAGUGGUCUAUGUUGCACCGACAAAGGCAUUGGUCAAUCAAGUUGUUGCCACAAUUUAUGCACAGUUUGAAAAACAGAUGCCUAAAGGAAGAUCAGUGUACGGUAUUUUCACAAGAGACUAUCGUCAAAACACACUAAAUUCCCAGAUUCUUGUAACAGUCCCCCAGUGUUUGGAGAUCCUCUUCAUUUCUCCACACAGACAGCAUUGGACUAAGAAUGUCAAAUACGUGAUAUUUGAUGAGGUUCAUUGCAUUGGUUCAGAAACUGGAGCUGAAGUGUGGGAGCAUCUCCUUCUUAUGAUUCGCUGUCCCUUUCUGGCGCUCUCGGCAACCAUUGGAAAUCCAGAGGACCUAAGACGCUGGCUGCAAGCAGCCCAAGACUUUCGUGAAAAGCAGGACAGAGAAAACAAUGAAGAUCUAAGGAAGUCAUAUCGGAUCAGGUUAGUUAAAUUUGAAGAACGAUACUCCGAUCUGGAAAAGAGCAUUUACCUUCCAAAUCCUAAGGAAAAGCAAGGAAGUGAUGUCAACAGCGACAAGGAAUUCGUAAGACUUCAUCCAUGUGCCCAGCUAGGAUACAAACAGCUUCUAGAGAAUGGUUUUCCAGGUGAUAUGGCACUUACACCAAAAGAAUCUUUGCAGUUGUAUGACACUAUGGUUAGUGUGUGGCGAGACUGUGAAUCACUCCAGAAUCUUCGUCCUGAGACAUACUUCCUGGAAAUGAAAUUGAUCCGAAAGGGUCAUGCUCGACAAUACGAGAGUGAUCUGAAGAGGGAAUUCAAGUCCUGGGCAGACAGCAAACAGUUGACAAAGGUUCAGUCAGUUAUUAAUUCUUUGAACUCAGUUUUUGUGGAAACUCAUUCUUCAACUGAAGAACAAUGGAGUAAACUGAGAAUGACAUCGUUUGGUAAAAGUUUCAUAAAGAAAACUUUUGAAAAACUUAUUGACCAGCUCAGAGCCCAGGACAAACUGCCUGCCUUGGUGUUUAGUGAUGAUCGUAAACUUUGCGAACAUUUGGCACUCGGUUAUGCUGAGAAACUAGAAAAGAGGGAACAAAUUAUGCGAAGAAAGGCCAGCACAAGAGAAGCAAUGAAUGCACAAAAGAGACAAGGAAAAGCUGAAAAAAAGUUGCACAGAAAAAGAGAUGAAUUACAGAAAGAGAGAGAGAAAAGAGUAAACAGCCAACCGGAUGACCAAGAUGAGAGGGGUUCUAUUUCAGCCUCGAACGAAGUUCUGCCAGAGUGCACAUUGGCAUUCACAUUUGGGAUUGGAAAAGAGGAUUACGACGAGAUAAUGAGAAGAAUCUGGUUCAUACCUGACAAAUCGUUAUUCAAGCACGCUCUUAAACGAGGAAUCAGCUUUCAUCAUAGUGGAUGUAACGCCAAAAAGCGCUCCGUCGUCGAGAUGUUGUUUAGAUGCAAAUAUCUGCAGGUGGUUAAUUCAACAUCAACGUUGGCUCUUGGUAUUCACAUGCCUUGCAAGACAGUCGUGUUUGCUGGAGACUCGCCCUUCUUAAAUUCGCUGCAGUACCGACAGAUGUCUGGAAGGGCGGGUCGGAGAGGUUUUGACCCCGUGGGAAAUGUCAUUUUCUUUGGAAUUCCUUACCGUAAAGUCCAACGCCUCAUGACUGCAAACAUCCCGAAGCUUGUGGGCAACUUCCCCAUUACUGUAUCACUGGUACUGCGGCUGCUUCUGAUGACGACCCAAGCAGAUGACAGGGGAGAUGCCCUCACCAAGGCCCUAGCAUUGCUCUCUCAUCCUUUUAUUUGCCGAAAGUACCCGCGAAUGGAAACCCAGAUCAAGCUACAUUUCCUCUUCAGCGUUGAACUUCUGACUAGACUGUCUCUCGUAAACAGAGAAACCGGAGCUCCACAAGAAAUGGCCGGACUGGCGACCCAUCUUCAUUACCAUGAACCUUCCAAUUAUGUCCUGGUCAGUUUUCUACAAUGUGGUCUCUUCCACAAGUUGUGUAAGCCAGGAACAAACGGUAAAUUUUCUGAAAAUGUCAUGAGGAAAAUGGUGCUUGUUCUCAGCCACCUAAUUGGAAGGACUUAUCUUCAUCCCUCUCUCAUGCUAAGGACUCCAUCUUCUUCAAAAGUAUUUUUGGAGGAUCUCCCGAGCGAAUUUGCCAAGGCAGUCAAAAGCUACAACCGUCAGGUCACAGAUGUGUUUAGUCAGUACCUUGCCACAGUGGCUAAGUGGCUGGAAAAGGACAGAGGAGAGGAUAACAAACUCCCCUUAUCAGGAAUAGAAUUUCCAAAGAAAGCUAGCAUUGAUGAAAUUGACGAGCAGGAUAUGGUCAAAGUCCUUGCGAACUCUUCUAUACAGUAUUCGGCUUGUUCCUCCUUUGCUGCGCUAUCAGGAAACACAGACUUCCAGUUACAUCCUUUAAGCCGCCAAAAAACAGAUGGCCAAAGAGAGGAUGAGGCUAACAGUGACGAGGAAGAAGGGGAGGAAGAGCCGCUUAAAUAUCUGCUCAAGAUCAUUCGUCAAGAUGUCUACACGGACAUGAAUCUCGUUCCCAUUCUUCCAGUUAGGAAUGCCCAACCUCUGAAUGCUUAUGCUUUGGAUUUUUUCAAGCAUGGAUCUUCCAAAGUCAUUGAGAAUGAAAACGGAAUGCAAGCUGGCGAUGUUUACAAUGCCCUCAAGGAGAUUAACCUAACUAUUAAGUCAAUCAGUUGUUCACUGGAACAGCUGGGUCCUGAAACUGACAACGUGGUGUUGGCUUUUAAGCAGCUGGCUCAGGAGUACGGAGAGAAGUUCAGAGAGGAGUUUGAAUAUGAGGCAUAGAAGUUUACAUUUUGUUAUGGACUCACGGGGCCACAACAAACCACUGUUGCAGAUAUUGUUGUUGAUCAGAGUGCAUACCAUGUUAAACCACUGUCGAUUUGUUUGUUUGUUUGUUUUUUUUUAUUACAAUAUCGACGUCAAUUUAAACGAAUUUUUCAGUGCGUGACCAUUGCUUAACACGUUGACGCGAGUAGCGUUCAGUCAGUCUUAUCGACAACGGGAAAUUGGACAAUCAGAUUGCAUCAUUACUGCCGAUUGUGGUAAAAAAAAAAAGUUUAUGUCAAGAAGUAGUAUGAUGAACCUGUUCGUGUCAGAUAAGCCGUUUUGCAAGGUGCUCUCUGACAAUUUCAUUAAAGAGGUUCAAUCAAAGUCUGUCUUACUACAUCUUUUAUCAUCGAUAAGGCGAGAUUUUUGGGAUGCGCUCGUUGCACACGUAACGUGUAACAAACACGAUUUCUAUCCCACCAACAUCGAGCGCUACUUUCUAUUCCCUAUUCCGUUGUUUUAAGGUUAAUUUGGUAACCCUGCUCAACUUUUUCGGGCUGAAAGCCUGACUGGUUCAAUGCUUGUCAGAAAAUAUCACGUAAUAUAAUUAGUAAUGGUGAUAGAACUGUGUGAAUCAUACGAGUGAUGAACAUGUACUUAGAUGAAAUUGGGCGACCGCGCAGCGGGAGUGCGAUUUUUUAAUUGAGACUAUAAUUACAGACAGCAAUGGACAACACGUGGUUCUGUUACUAAAUAUAACCAUUGCAAAUUUGGGGAAAAAAAAACAAUAACAUUGGGAAACAUCUCUCCGAUAGGGACCAAUAAAAACUAAUAAACUUUCUUGCCAAAAUUGGUCACAAACCAACCACUAAAACGUGUGUGACUGUUUAUGUCUAGCUUGACAAAAUCACUAAUAUCCUUUAUCAUUUAUUUCAAAUUCAAUACCUGUGUUUGUCUUCUGUCAUCAGUCAUGUAUUAGAGUAUUUCGGUUACAAAGCCCUUUG